CGCAGACCGCAGUAAGCUCCCGACUUUUGGACUGUGUGGACGCUUUUACGACUGGCUUGUAUAUAAAUCGAUGUAUUUCCUAAAUUGUAAACAAAAUUUUAAUUAUUAAAAAAAAAAUUUUUAAUUUAAUUUAGUUUUUAUAUUUAAUUUUACGCCCAUUUGCACAAUGACUGUAUGUGACACAACUCUGAAUGGACGUAUAUGGAUGCAGUUCACGUGUUUUUCUGUGUGGCUCGGUGUGCUGUGCUGGUGAGCCAUGAAGGCUUUCACACGGUCGGUGUGUAACACAGAAACAUGACGUCACAGGAGCGCGCGAACAUUUUCUCCGACGAUGACGAGGACCUGCGACCACGGCAGCAGAGCCUGGGCGGAGUUCUAAGGCGUGAGGGCAACUGGAAAUGCUUCCUCCUAACCCUCAUGAUCGCGGGCUGCCUCGGCUCCGUCGUCUGGUGCAACACCGCCGAGAUCGACCGCGAGCUCAUCGAUCUCAACACGCUGUGGAGGAAAACUAGUCACGAAGUACUUGACAAGCGACUGCGGGCGGAGACAUGGUACCCGAUCAAGAGGACAGUUCGCGAGUCACCGUGCGACGUCGGCUAUGCGUACAUACCCAUCGCGUUUGUGUUGCUGCUGUAUUUGGUGUACCUGGUGGAAUGCUACCACAGUACGGCGAGGAUACAGUUGGCCAAGCGCGUCGACGUCGCCGCUGUCAGCGCGAGGGUCCACUCUAUGAGGACUUCGACGCCGAGGGUCUGGUGGAAAGCUAUUUGCUACCACUACGUGAGGAGAAAACGCCAAGUCACGAGAUACCGAAACGGUGACGCAUACACUACCACACAGGUGUACUACGAAAGAGUGAAUACUCACAGUGCCAGCACAUCAUUCGCACACGCCUGCUGUGGUCAAAGAGAUGCAUCUAGAAACCUCGUUCUGGAUACCAAUACUCCCAUCACUAAAGUGCGCUUUAGCAAAGGAUUCGCUUUCGCCAACAUCGAAGCAGCUAGUGAAUUUGAAGACCAAAGAUCAAGAUUUUUCGCAGAACAUGAACGAUUCGAUGAUUUUAUGGAAAUGCGUGAAGGAUUAGAUUUAAUAGGAGUUAGUUCUUUUAAAGAAUACAUGGUAGCAUACAGGGAUACUGAUCGGUGUGCUUGGUACUCUUCUCAGUUACUUUUUUGGACGCUUUCCUGCCUUCUUCUGUCCUGGCCUCUCAGGAUUAUAAUAGAAUGUAAUACAGCGUAUGUACAUUAUACGAUAACAAAAAUUUUUGGUACAAACUACGAAUUAGAUCCUAGUCGACAGUUAGAUUUAGAAACCCAUUUGUCGGAUACUUUACCACCUGUUCCUGCAACGAACUACGCAUGGGCACUGGCUGACGAACAAAGUGCAGUUCUGUGUUCCGCUGCAAGACCACCACGUACCCUUCCAUUGUCACACGCAUCUACUGUAGAUAGUCUUGAGUUAUUCGCAGCCAUUCGAGGCAAUUGUGCAAUAGUACCAUCGUACUCAGAAGCUAUGCGUAUCGAUGCUGCUCUUAGAGAAGAUCCAGCCGAAAAUAUUUCUGAUGCUGGAGUGUUAAUAGAUAUGGAAACAGAAGAAAGACCAAACCGACCAACUAUAAAAGCAGCAUCAUUCGAUGAACCACCAAGAAGGCCAAGAAUUAAAAUUGCCAGUACUCAUUCUAGUUUUAACAUCGCUGGUAGCGCUAGAUCUCAUGACGCAAAAAUACAAAAUAGAAGGUCCUGGGCAGGCGUUCUAACAUCAGCUCGAAGUGCAAGACAAAUCUUAGAAGAUUUCACAAAUAAUUCUGUUAACUACCAACCUAUACCAGAAACACAGAUAACAAGAAAUGGAGAAAACACGAUUUAUUUCUCAAGAGAACUAUCACCUACUUGUUCGAGAGAUCCAUUUGGAGGGAGAGCACAAACAACGCCGAUAGAUGAGCCGCCGCCAUCCUACGAGGAAGCUUUAAAGUUGCCAGCGUUAAAAAAGUUGACCAGAUCCAUCACCGGGACAGAUUUAGCAGGUCCUAGGAGAGCAUUUUUAAAAGAUGUCUUGUCUAAUAGAAGAUCUUGCUUAGAGGGUGUUGGUGUUUUAGCAGGGACUAAAGUCGUUAGAUUACCGUACAGUGAGUCAGGUGAAGAAACGCCUCUAUAGCGCUUUUAUUUUCGAAGACUUUUAUGGUGCAAUAAAUUUUUUUAUUUAAUAUAAUUCCUUCAUGAUAGGCGAUACAUAAAAUAAUAGAGGCCACACAAAGUGAGAUAAUAAUAUAAGGUGUUAACUGUAAGCUUUGGAAUUGUUAUGCGCUAAAGAGCUUGCCCGGUUCUAAUUUUAUAACAAGUAAGUGACAAACGCAAAAGACUUGGAAUUGAUUGAAUACAACUUUUUAAAUGAAAUGACUUACAUUUUAUCUAAAUAAAAACUGUAAUCGUCCAAAUAUUUUGUUAAGUUAGAGUAGAUAGCCUAAUGAAAACAAAGAAUAUGCACAAUGUUAUUAUUGUUUGGUAAUUAAUUACCUAGAAGUACUUUUUUAUAAUCCUACUUACUUACUAGGGAAACCAAAUAGCAUUGAUUAUUGUAAAUUUGUAAAUUUUUUGCUUACUGCUUAAAACUCUCGUAAAAUAUCUAGUCAUAAUUACUGUUACUAAAUGUAUUAUUUUUAAAUUAUUAAGUAGACUGAUAUUUUUCUAGCCUCUUAGUCCCAGAGUUAGGUAGACUUUUUUGGAUAUUCAGGCACCGUAAAAUCUUGUACAAAUGCUUACCCAAAAAAUGUCUAAAGGCUUGUGUACUUUUUUAUUCCCUUUCAAUACUACAGUUCCUUAAUAAAGUUGUUUUACUUUGUGUUUGCUACUGCUCGUAUUAUUGUAACAUAUACAUGGUAAUUUUAGGCCAGUGCCUUGUAUUAAAUCUAGUAUUAGGCUAACAGUCAAUAUUUCUCUCUGUACUUUGGGAUUGUAAAAUAAAUGUAACUUUGCUUUAUUUAGUUAGAGCUUUACACAAGACUAAUUCUGUUUUGAUUUUAUUUCUAUUUAUCGAUGGUUAGUUGGUAAAUAAAGAACAUUUUUUUUAUCUUUUUUCAAUUUUAUUAUUUCCCAUAUUAAUAAUACCACUGCUACGAGUACGUACUCGUAGAUACGAUUAUUAUAUUAGCUGCGUUGUAAUUUAGAUGCUUUAGAUACCUCACAUUAUUUUAAAAUCUUUACUAAACAUUUUUAAUGUCUAUGGUGCACAAUUUCCUAAAAAACUAACGAUUAGAUUAAGUCGUUACUUUGUUAUUACUUAUUGUCUACCUAAUUAUACAUUGCCAAAAGUGAUAUUAACAUCUAGUUCAAUUAAUUUAGUGACUAUUUAAUAUUUGAUAAACGGGCUUUUUAAUGUUGUAAAUGUUGUCGGAAAUAAUUUAGUUUUAUAACUUGACUUGUGUAAUAUAACGAAUAAAAACACUAGUACAAGAGCCAAACAGCCAUAAAUAAUAGAAUAGUUAUUAAAAAGACAUGUCCCAGUUUUGUGUGGAGACUGGUAAUUCUUCCGAGUGUAAGUAAGCAGUACUUAUUUUUAUAUUAAAGAACAUAACAAUAUAUCCUUUAAAACUUAAGGUUUUGAAGCACUAGAAUUUUUUCAGUCCAUACAUACAAUGUAUGACCUCCGUGUACUUGAGCUUGUUAUAUGCGUUUUUAAGGCAAUUGAAGGUUUUAAAUUGCUUGUACAUUUUGAAUAAUUAUAGCUCAAUUCAGGACAUGUCCUUUAAUACCCAUCUAUUCUAUUAAACUAUACAUUUCGGUAAUGUUUCAAAACAUUAGCUGUCCAACAAAAUACGUUAUUUUGUACAAGUCAACAUUCUCAUAGCUAUAUGUAAAUAGAUCUAGGUAUAAAAAGAUUAAAUUGUAUGUUGAUAAGUGCCAAUGAACUACAUAGAGAUUGAAAUUAGGUAUACAAAAAUGAGAUGACACAAAAUAUUUGGAGUUUUUGUAAAUUCUAAAUGUCAAUUAUAAAUAAAUAGGCCGCUAACUGACAAACAACUGUGUUUAAUCUGAAGCAAAGAUUUUCUUAAACCAUUAAGUAUAAUUAUUAUUUAAGUCGUAUAUACUUCAUGUUCUUUUUCCACCAUCCCCCAGGGAAAAUAAUGUAUAUAUUAAAAAGUCCAAGAUACGUCUUCAAUGAUAUUAUUUACUCCUAUGCUUGCUUGACAUAGUCGUUUGUCAGUCCGCAAGUACCUAAACGAAUGAGAAAGGUGAAAAUAUAGUUUAACGCCUAUUUAAAAAAAUCACCUAAACUUGAAUUUUUGUCAAAUUCCAUUGUGAUGUCAAAUUCCACUGUGAGGAAUAAUUAAUUGUAGCCUACAAAAACUUUAAAUGAAAAGUAUGUGUAACACGCUUUUAAUUAUUAUUUACUUAAAGCAACAACUAUUUUACAGCUCUUAAUGUAAGAUAGUUACACUAUUUAUAAAUAAAAUAUUUUCAAUUGUAAAUUAUUGGUGGACAGAAAAUGUUUAUUAUUUUCAAUAAACGUUAUGAAUAAC